CUGUGUACCAUGAGCAGCCGGACUAUGUGGGCCACAUUUAUGGGCCUGAUUCCCCAGAGCUGGCAGAGACCGUUCGCAGCAUCGACACGGAACUGGGGCGGCUGUUGGAUGAUCUACAGCAAUUGCAGGGGCAGUAUCAGGUAUGUGGAACCGCAUGGGCUACAGCUGAGGUCCUGGCACUGCGAUGUAUAAAUCUGAUUGUCGUAUCUGACCACGGGAUGACCUCAGUUGACACGAGCAAAGUAAUAAACAUCACCACCGUCCUGACUAACCGUGACUACUACCUGACCAUCCAGGGGAAAGGGGCUCUGGCGGUGAUCCACACUGCGACAGGGUACAGGGAUGAGGUGUUCAACCUGCUGGUCAACCUUAACCCAUACAUGGCGGUGUACAAGAAAGAGCAAAUCCCUGACCGGUUCCACUACAAAGGUGGCAAAUAUGUCGGCGACAUCUUGUGUGUGGCUGACUUGGGCUGGGUCAUUGCUCAGCCAUUGCGCCCCGGCUUCCCGCAGAAAAAUGGACAGAACAAGCGUGGUAACCAUGGCUACGACAACCUGGAGGCGGACAUGCGCGGAAUAUUUUAUGCUUAUGGACCAUAUUUUAAGAGCAGCGUUACCGUGCCCAGUCUGGCUAUAGUGGACAUUUACAACAUCAUGUGUGACGUCGUGGGCAUCCUGCCCCAACCUAACAACGGCACCUGGAGUCGUGUCACACCCUUGUUGAACCACUACAGAAGGGCCGAAUCAUGUCCAGCCAUCUGA